CGAGGGGCGGCCGCUGCCUGACGGUCCCUUUCCUCCGGGACCCUUGAGCCCUGGCCGCUCAGAGCCAUGGCCCUGCCGUUUCUGCCUGGCCACAGCUUCAAGCGCAACGUGAGAAAGGAGAGGUUCCACAAAUCUCAACACUGGGGCUUUUGCAACAAUGUUAGGAUGCUGGUGAAUGAAGAUAAGCCCGGAAUAGGUGGAGAACUGCUUCUCGGGCAAAAGAUGAAGCCUAAAUACAGUGUAUUUCCUAAAGGAAUGGGAACUGACGCACCUUCCUGGGUGGCUUUUGAUAAACAGGUAUUAUCUUUUGAUGCCUAUUUAGAAGAUGAAGUAGCUGAUAAAAGUCAAGAAAACUAUAGAAUAAGACGCUAUAAAAUCUACUUCUACCUUGAAGAUGACACAAUUCAAGUAAAUGAACCAGAGUUGAAAAAUAGCGGACUGCCUCAAGGGACUUUUAUCCGGCGUCAUCGGAUUUCUCUCCCACCUCCUGAUGAGGAUCAGUUUUAUACUCUGUAUCAUUUCAAUAUCAGCAUAGACAUUGUCUUUUAUGGCCGGACAUUCAAGAUUUAUGAUUGUGAUACAUUCACAAAAAACUUUUUGAAGAAAAUGGGAGUCAAAUUAAACCCCCCGGGACAGUGUCCAGAAGAUCCUUACAUGAAGAUGCGAAGAGAGAAGCUAGACUUCGUGGAGCCCUUACGUCCCUAUGAGUCCUUCGACACCCUGAAGCAGUUCCUCAACUAUGAUAGGAAGGUUUUGCGUUUCUUCUGCCUGUGGGACGACUCAGCCUCAUUGUUUGGGGACCGUAGAGAACUCAUCUUGCAUUACUUUCUUUCUGAUGAUACUAUUGAAAUCAAAGAAGUGUUGCCACACAACACAGGCCGGAAUGCUAUGCCAUUGUUCCUCCAGAGGGGAAAGCUACCAAAGUAUGGCCCACCUGGAAUCUACCAGCCAGGCGAGGUAACAGAUCGAAUAGUUCUCAAUAUGUAUGGUGGCUUGGUAGAGAACCGAAUGGAUGGCUACCUGUUGGAUAAAUAUCAGCUAGGAAAGUUAAACCAAGAGUUUUACAAAGAUAGUGACCUGUCCAUAGGAACCACCAUCAAUGUGUGGGGAAGAAAAGUGCUCCUUUGUGACUGUGAUGAAUUUACGAAGUCUUAUUAUAAGACCAAAUAUGGAAUUGAGAACUUUACUUCAAUUCAAUGCAAGGCCCCACCUCCUCCAAAAAUAGAAAGGAAAUUUCCACCUUAUACCGGCUUUGGUUCUGAAGAGGAUUCUCUUCGCUCCUGCAUAGGCCUUGUGCCCACACCUCAUAAGAAGAACUUCAAGAAGUUCGUGGAAAAAGACAGCUACGGCAACAUAAGCAAUACACUCCGUUUUUUUGCAAAACUAAUUACACAUGAAUGUGCCGAUGUGGACAGAAUGUUUGUUAUUUCAUAUUUUCUCAGUGAUGACACAAUUUCAGUGUUUGAACCUAUAGAGAAGAAUUCAGGGAUUACUGGUGGGAGGUUCUUGAAAAGAAUUCGUGUUAAGAAGCCUGGACAAGAAGUCUUUAAAAGUGAACUAUCAGAAUAUAUCAAGGUUGAGGAGCUAUAUAUUGGAGCCAAAGUGAACGUGAAUGGCUACCUAUUUCUUUUGCUCAAUGCUGAUGAGUACACCUUAAACUACAUGGAGCAGAAUUCAGAUAAGUUUCCUUGGAGCAACAUUGAACUUGUGCUACAAAAGCUGAAAGAAGAAAAAUCAAAAUCCACAGAGAUCAAGCAGGUAUUUACAGCUGCUGACUGUGACCAAACAAAGAUGGUGGAUUAUAAUACAUUCCGAGAUAUAAUUAUGAGUCUAACUGUUGGGAAACUCACAGACCACGAAGUUAUAACCAUUGCACGUCACUACCGGGUGCCCGAGGACACAUGUCCAGAUAUGAAUGUCCUAAUUCCACUGGCCCACCAACAGCUCAAGAAAAAUUCUUUUGAGGAUUUUGAAAGACUCAUUGCUAACUGUGUAUACCAAGAUCGAGAAAAAAAAAAAGUAUUACCCAGCAAAGACAUCAAAAGGCUGUGCAAGUCCUCCAGGUUACCUUUGACUGAUGAUCUUCUGGUAUCCUUACUGUCCAGAUUUGAAGACAGCGAAGGACAAAUAAAUUAUGAGUCAUUUUUCUAUGCCCUGAACUGGAGAAUAAAUCCAGUUCCCGAAUUGGAAGCAACAUUGUACAUUAAAGAGAGAUGUGAAGAUGUGUGGCUUGGGAUGCCAUCACCUAUUCCUGUAAAAUACAUUAACUAUUUAAAGCUUAUAAAGGACGUGUUUGGCUUAGAGGAGGAGUAACCAUGCCAGCUUGGGUCAACUCCCUUUGAUUCCUGCUCUAAUUUUGCCAAGUUUAUUUCUGUGGAUAUAAUUUCAUUAAAAACAGAAAAGAAACAA